ACAGGUGCAUCGCGGGGUCAGGCCGAAUGGUCGCCCGUGGGGUUACAGGCUUAUCGCGGGUGGCGGCGUGGCGGCUGGAGCGAGGCAUAUUCACCAGCCCCGGCGCCGGCGACAUGCGGCGAGCGCGGGCGGCGUGUGAGCGGCUGGUGCUUCUGGCGGCAGACCGGUACCCGGAGGAGAGGCGCGACCUGGCCAUCAUCCUGCUGCACUCGGGCGACGUGCCGGCCGCGCGGCGGGAGCUGCGAGCCUACAUGGCCGCGGUCAACGCCUCAGCCAACAGCGGCAGUGUGCGGGCAGCUGCAGGAGGAGGGGCAGGAGGAGCCGGAGCAGCGGUGGGCGCGGGGUCGAGUGUGGGGGCCGGGGCAGGGUACUGGUCCGGAAUGGGCGGACCCCUGGGACCCGACCCCUUCGACCUGGUCCUAUGCCGGCGGCUGUUGGUGACGCUGGAGGGACUGGGUGUGGGGGCAGGGGAGGAGGCGGAGGGGCUGGAGGCGGAGCCGCUCAGCGUGGAGGCAACACUGCGAUUGCCGCCGCCUUGGGAGCGGGCGCAUGGUGGUGGUGGUGGUGGCCAGGCGCUGCCGCUAACGUGGUGAUGGAGGCGCGCGGAGGCUGUGCGUGUGUGCGCGAGGGGCGGGUGCACUGCAUUUGGUUACGGCUCGGCUGAGGGACGUGAAGUAGUGGAUCAGCAACAUAGCCCAGUACCUACGCUGGGGGAGAGGCGGGGCACUUGAUGUGCCUCAAACGGCCAAACUCUGCCGCGUGCCGUGUACGAAGGGGCGUCCGGUUAUAGGUUACGGUCGCGCCCUUUCAAGUAGCGAACGCAUGUGCGGAGAGUGGCAUCGGCCGCAUCGCUGACGGCAACCGCGCCGCAGCACUUUGAGGACGCCGGCAACCGCAGGUCGUUGGGUUACGUACCGCGUCCAUACUUUGCGGUAUGGUGUGUGUGGAGUUGUGGACCUGAGUGCGGUUGAUGCGGGAUCGUUUUCUGCAUCUUCCGCACGCUUCCACAUAUAAAUAAUGGAACACUUGCAUGGAACUCUGUACAGGGGCUUGAGACCUACGAGAGCCGUAACAGCCUAGAUCAUGACUGCUUUUUGCUGUGAUAGGUGGUAAACGGUCUGGCGGGGAAACAGGAGCAGGCAUGCGCGACUUUGUACGACGUGCAUGGGCGCGCGUGUGCUGGGCCACUGGCAGCCUCCUGCCGGCACGAAUCAUCCCAAAUAGCACACAUUUGUAUGACGUG